CUAGCAGAAUCAUUUGAAACUUCUUGAACAUCAAACUUCGUCAUGCAAUUCAAGCUUGCACCACUCCUUCUUCUUCUACCGCUGUCUCUUGCUCUGCCUGAGCCGAUUGCCGAGCCGGUUGCUGUCUCUGGCUUCAAAGAAGUCGAGGCAGAACUUACACCUCGUGAUGGGCCUGAUACUCUUAUAGCACGUGCUUGCUCUUACACCACUGGAUGCGUAUCCCAAAGUGGAGCUAGUGCUGGAAAGUAUUGCGGUUUCUGUAAGCAAGUUCGCGGAACUUAUCAUGUCGGAGAUAUCUAUCAGUGAGUACCUCUUCUGUCUAUCUUUUCUUUAGGUUUGGGACUAUCCGUUAAAUUCUCCCGUUGUGACACCAAGGACAUCCUGAGUUGAACAGUCGCUAACUUCAGAGUCUAGGGUUAAUGGUGGCUCUGGGUCCUCGAGCUGCUGUAGCUAUGGAGCAAGCUCAGUCUGCGCUGCACGCUGGCCAGCUGUCAGCCCAAAGUAAUUAACUCCCAAUUAUUUGUAUGGUUCACUCGUGACUAACGUUUGUGAUAUCAGCGUACUUGUCAACUGCGCCAAUAAUGGCAGAGGAUACUAGCUGGAUGAAUACUGGAGGCUUGCGUGAGAGUCUCACUCAUUUUUAUCUCAAAUGCGUGAUAUGGGCUGCAGAUCAUGUUACUAUAUUCGCUGUCUUUCCUUGUGAGAUUCAAGAGUAGAAUUUCAAACUGAUGUAUUCCUUCGUUUUAUGCAACGAACUUUUUUUUAUAUUAAGCAGCCAUAACAAUAAAAACAGUUGGGUACCCAAAAGGA